GCAUGUAUGUGUAGCAAGAGCCCUAUAGAGCGUCCAUUACUACAAACAUAUCUGGAGAGCCAAUCCCGUUUCAACAAAUCAUACAGUUUCAUUUCUGACGGCGCCCGACUUGCUCAAGAAUAUAUCAAUAGGCGGUGAACGCCGUAUCUGAGAGGUGAUAACCGGCUAGCCAGCGGCACACGUAAACGUAUACUUCCAUCAUCGGAAACAGCAGCAAAAGGACACAGCAGAGUAAAGACUGAAUAGCUCCUAACAGGAGAGUGAAAAAUGGGCACGUCAUCGCUAUAUGUCGGUGUAACUUUACUGGCAUGUUUUCUGAGCACCGCCUGUGGGCUUUAUUCCUCCUCCGACGAUGUGAUUGAGCUAACCGGAAGCAAUUUCGAACGGUUGGUGGUGAAAAGUGAUGAAAUUUGGGUGGUUGAAUUCUACGCCCCAUUCUGCGGCCACUGUCGCAACCUGGUGCCCGAAUACAAAAAGGCAGCUACCGCACUGAAAGGAGUGAUUAAGGUUGGCGGUAUAAACUGCGAGGAAGAGCAGAGUCUCUGUGGACAACAUGGAGUCCGCGGGUAUCCAACUAUCAAGAUUUUCGGAGCAAACAAACGUUCGCCGGUGGAUUACAACGGCCAGCGAACGGCGAAAGAUAUUGCCGAAUCAGCACUUGCGGAAGCUAAAAAGAAAAUUAAAAAUGUGCUCGGAGGCGGAGGUGGAUCCAGUGGACCAUCGUCUGACAGUGGAAGUGGUGACUCGAAGGACGUAAUCGAAUUGACCGACUCGAAUUUCGAUAAGUUGGUGCUGAACAGCGAUGAUAUAUGGUUGGUUGAGUUUUUCGCUCCAUGGUGUGGUCAUUGCAAGAAUUUAGAGCCCCACUGGGCCAAGGCAGCUACCCAGCUGAAGGGCAAGGUGAAACUUGGAGCACUGGACGCUACCGUUCACACCCUCAAGGCACAACAGUACGGUAUCCAGGGUUACCCAUCGAUUAAAUUCUUUGCCGGUGGACCAAAAGAUCGAGAUACAGCUCAGGAUUAUGACGGAGGUCGGACCGCUUCGGAUAUUGUCAACUGGGCGCUGGAAAAGUACACUGAAAACAUUCCUGCUCCUGAAAUUAUCCAGCUCACUUCCGAAGACGUGUCGAAGAAGACUUGCCUUGACAAGCCGCUCUGUGUGAUUUCGGUUCUUCCACACAUCCUGGAUUGCGACGCCGAUUGUCGCAACAAAUACCUUGCCAUUUUGGGAAGGAUGGGCGAGAAAUACAAGAAGAAACAGUGGGGCUGGCUGUGGAGUGAGGGCGGUGCGCAACCCGAGAUAGAAGCUACCCUGGAUAUCGGAGGUUUUGGCUAUCCGGCUAUGGCCGUUGUCAACGUCAAGAAAAUGAAGUACUCUCUUUUGCGGGGAUCAUUCUCCGGGGACGGAAUCAACGAAUUCUUGCGGGAUCUUUCGUACGGUAGAGGACACACAGCUCCGGUAAAAGGUGCUGAACUACCUAAAAUUCAUAACAUCGAGCCAUGGGAUGGAAAAGAUGGCCAGUUGCCAGAGGAGGAAGAUAUCGAUCUGUCCGAUGUAGAUUUGGACGAAAAGGAUGAACUGUAGGCGAGUUGGAGUCAAUGAUCAUAUGUUAAGAUUUAGGAUUAAUAGAAAAAAACAUUGUCAUUUCCCGUUCAAUAAAAAAAGGAAAAAUAGGCAUAAAAUAAAA